GAAAUUAAAGAAGGUGUACACUCGUAUCAUUUCAAAUCCUUUACUACUUUGCUAAUCAAUAACCGAAUUUGCCCAUCAACCCUGUCGAUCUGUGAAUUCCUACCUCUCAAAAUGGCCGAUGCUAUAAUUUCCCUUGUCCUAGACCAGCUAAAAACAACCAUCGUUGACGAGAAGAAAAGAACGGACGGUCUUGUCAAGGAAUGGCUGGACAGGCUCAAAGAAGCUUCUUACGAUAUGGGGGAUGCAUUGGAUGAGUGGAGAACUGCAGUAGAGGUCGAAGCACAUGAAGCCCAAAAUGCUGCUUCUCAGAAGAAGGAGGCUGGUGAACUAAUCCCUACCAUAUCUAUAGUAGGGAUGGGGGGGCUAGGGAAAACUGCUCUUGCACAACUAACAUUUAAUGACGAUGAAGUUAAAGGGCAUUUUGACAAGGUGAAGGACAAGAAGGAGCUAGAAAGAAAACUGGACCAGAUCUGGAUAGAGAACCGCAAAUUAUGGGUGAAUACCCCAAGAUAUGAUGGGGCACAGAAGGACACAAGGGUGCAGGAUAAUAAGCACCAUCCAGAACCGCUAAUUCAGAGAAGGAGCUACGUUGAGGUGGUGAGAGGCCAUCAAGCAAAAAGACAGAAUGAGGAAGGAAUAACCCAGCUUAAUGAAAUCCAAACUGAAGUUCACGGGCAGAGAAGAAGUAGAUCUAGAGCUGGAAAACAGAGCAACAAUGGCAGACAAGAAAAAUUCUACAUGGAAGGGUAUUUUUCUUGUCGAAUUCGUGCUAUGGGAGGAAAAAUGGUGCUGUUAGAUGGGGAUGACAAAGAAGAAGUAAAAGCACUAGUGGAGAUGGCAUCCGAAUGGUUAGGAAGAUGGUUCGAAGAGGUACGACCGUGGUCUCCAGAAAUGGUCGCUGAUGAAAGAUUUGUAUGGAUUAGAUGUCAAGGAGUUCUUUUGAAUGCUUGGGGGCCAGAGUUUUUUGCAUCCAUGGGAGCUUCAUGGGGAAAAUUUAUAUGCUUAGAUGAUAGUACAAGCCAGAGGAAGAGAUCAGAUGAGGCGAAGAAAGAAGAUGAUGAGGUGGCACACAGUAAAAAAAAGAUUAGUGAAAAUGGCCGUUUGCACUCUGAUCAAGGGGAAGAGAUGACUAUUGAAGUAGUGGUAGAUAGCCUGGACCAUGUUCAAAUUUUGAAUUGUGGAAUGUCCAAAGCAAAAGGGGAACAAAGGAAGCAGCAGUCCGUGAGGAGUGAAAAGAUAGCAAGCCCGGGUGAAGUGGAAAGAAGUAAUUUGGGUCAAAAGGAAAAAGUGUAUAGGAGUCAUAGUAGAAAGACUAAUUCACAAGGUGCUAGCCCAAGUAAUGUGGAGUCCUCCAAUAUGGGCUUGGGCCUUAAAAAGUUAAACCCAAGCCUAUUUUUUGAUAAAGAAAUGGAGGAAUCUGGAAUCGGAGAGGUGGAUUUAGCUAAAGGCAAAAAGGUUGAAGGAAAGUUGAAAUGGAAGCACUCCGAAACUGCAGAAGAACAGAGGAGAGAAGAUGUCUUGGUUCGACCGGACCUUGAAAGUGACGAAGAGCAUAGUCAAGAGGGAGACCAAGUUCGGUGGGGUUUCGAACAUGCAGAGGGAUACAACCAAGAAGAGAAUCGAUUCUGGGAAGAAGCUGAAGACGAUGAAGAACAGAGGAGAGAAGGAGCUUUGAAUCGAAAACAGAGGCAAAACCGAAAGCUGAGGCAGUUGAUGGGAACCCAACAGAAAAGGAGGAAGAAAAUUAGUCUCUAUAGCUCGGUUUAUCAAAGGGAGGAAGCUGCUAGGGAGAGAAAGCAAAGAUCAAAUGGUCAUAGGAGAAAGAUCAAGAAAGCAACGGGGGAGAAGCAAAUGCCGGAGUUUCUAAGGAGCCCAGAAGGUGAAGUAGCAGAUAUCUCCAUCGGCGACAGUGGAAUUCAAAAUUGCAACAGGGUGAUGAAAAAACAACUUCAAAACCAGUUAGCUAAAGAAAUAUGGCAAUUAGCAAAACAACUGGGGGCGAUAGCAGAGAAUGAUGAUGUGAUUUUGGAAAAAAUUGAAGAAAUGGAAUGUAGAGACAAACAAGCAAAGGAAGUGAAGAUGAACCGGGAAGUAGAUAAUGCACAGAAGAUAGGGGAAAGGGAGGGGUGUAGGAGUUUAACGACAGAAAUGAGGGAGUUUGACAGCUUUAUUCAAGAUGCUGGACUAGUUGAUUUACCUCUGGUGGGCAAAAAAUAUACUUGGUAUAGCUCUAACAGCCAGUGCAUGGGUAGGCUUGAUAGGUUUCUGCUCUCAGAUGAAUGGCUUGCAAAAUGGGGGGAUGUAAAACCGUGGGGUUUGGAACGAUCAGUGUCAGACCACUGCCCUAUACUCCUAAAGAAUGAAAGGGUUGAUUGGGGUCCAAAACCCUUCAAAUUUUUUGAUGCUUGGCUAGAGCAACCCGAGUGCAUGGAGGUGAUUAGAAAGGCGUGGAAUUCCACAGCACCCAAAGCAGAAAGGGUAAUAGCUGCAGUGGACGAGAAAGGGGAAGUCGGCACACUCACGACAAAAGACAUUGAAAUUAGGAAAGGCGGUUUCAUAGAGUUAUGGAGGAAUUUAAGAAUUAAGGAGAGCAUGUGGCAGCAAAAGGCAAGGAAGAUGUGCAUCCAAAUUAAUAAUAAGCAGCUUGGGGGAGUGGAUGAGAUAAGAGAAGAAGUGGCGAGAUACUUUCAAGGUCUAUUCACGGAAGAAAAGUGGCAGAGACCAAAGCUAGAUGGCAUUAAUUUUAAUCAAUUAUCCCAGACGGACAACGAGUCUCUUAUGGCUGUUUUCUCUGAAGAAGAAAUUAAAAAUGCAGUUUGGGAUUGUGACUCAUCAAAAUCCCCGGGUCCAGACGGGUUCAACUUCAGAUUCAUAAAGGUUAUGUGGGAGGACAUAAAACAAGAUAUUAUCAAUUUUGCUCAGGAAUUCCACGAGAACGGGAAGCUGGUGAGAGGAUCAAACGCUUCAUUCAUUGUGUUGAUUCCGAAAGUUGAAAACCCCCAAAAAAUUGAGUAUAGACCCAUUUCACUCAUUGGGGUGAUGUACAAGAUCAUUGCAAAGUUGCUAGCUAAUCGCCUCAGAAAAGUAUUGGAUAAGGUCAUUGGGGAGCAACAGAUGGCGUUCAUAGGAGGCAGACAGCUGAUGGAUAGCGUUGUGAUUGCCAAUGAGGUGAUUGAUGAGGCAAAGAGGAAGAAUACAAAGAGCAUUCUGUUUAAAGUCGACUUUGAAAAAGCUUACGACAAGGUCAGCUGGGAUUUCAUCGAGUACAUGUCUGGGAGGAUGGGCCCAACAAGAGAAUUCCAAGUCAGCAAAGGAAUAAGACAAGGUGACCCUCUAUCCCUUUUCUUAUUCCUUAUAGUGGCGGAGGGGCUGAAUGCUUUAGUGAAGUCUGCAGUGGCGAAGGAGUUGUAUAAAGGAGUGAAGAUAGAAAAUAUCAUUGCUAUCAAAUGCAUCAUGAGGACUUUCGAACUAGUCUCGGGGCUGAAAAUUAACUAUGGAAAAAGUCAGCUAAUGGGGGUCGGGAUUGAGGACAGUUGGAAGAGGAAGAUGGCCUAUAGGCUAUGCUGCAGAGAGGGGGAAUUUCCUUUCAAGUACUUGGGAAUUCCAAUCGGUGGGAAUCAUAGAAAGCUGGCAAUGUGGCAACCGCUGGUGGAUACUUGUAAAAAGAAACUUGCAAGCUGGAGAGGUAGACACUUAUCUUUCGGAGGUCGAAUCACACUCAUAAACUCUGUGUUAUCCAGUCUACCUGUGUUCAUGAUGUCAGCCUACCAAAUACCUAAAGGUAUACUCUAUUCUCUCGAUAAAAUCCGUAGAUGUUUUCUAUGGGGAGGGGGAGAAGAGAACGGGGGGCAUUGGCUGGAUUGGGUGCGAGAUGGCAGAAGUAUAGGAUCACUAUGGUGGAGAGACGUACGCAAGCUCAAUGCGAGGGAUGGGGAAUUUGGGGGGUGGUUGUCUUCGGGCUUUAGGAUGAAGAUAGGAGAGGGGAAAGAUGGAAGUUUCUGGUGGGAUGAGUGGUGUGGGGAGGUGUGCUUGGCUAACAAAUUUCCUAUAUUAUAUCUCUUAUCAACAGGGAAGGAUAGCAAGUGCCACCAAAUGGGCCAAAACGUCAACGGCACAUGGAAAUGGAUCCUUGAAUGGAGAAGAACUUUGUUCGAGUGGGAAGAUGAGGACGCAAAGGAACUUAAAAGGAUGAUUGAGAAUGUGACGAUCACUCCUGGCCAACCGGACAAAUGGGAAUGGAUUCAUAGCAACGAUGGUCAUUACUCAACCAAAACAGCUUACUUGAUGUUAGUAAAACAAAGAAGAGAACCGGAGGAAGCUGAAAUAUUCAAAAGAAUAUGGAGCAAGAUUCUCCCAAGCAAAGUUGCAGCUUUCAACUAGAAAGUAAUGCUGGACAGAAUUCCAACCAAGAUAAACUUGCUCAAAAGAGGAAUUGUCAAAGAUACAGGAGAAAGAAAGUGUGUCCUGUGUG